GGAGCCACCCUUGCCAGUAGCCCGGGUCCUGUGCACACUGGAGUUGCCGCCGCCGCUCACCACAGCACCUGUAGGCAGUGUGUGCCCCCAACUGUCCUGAGUACUCUGGGCCAAGGAGGGCCAUGAUUAUUCCGGCUGGAACCCCCGAGACCAGCUUGCUGCGGGUUUUGGUCCUGGGACUGAGCACCCUCGCUUCCUUCUCACUGGCUCAGCUGGAGCUGCACGUGCCCACCGGCCUCAACAAAUUGGAGGCGGUAGAGGGAGAGGAAGUGGUGUUGCCCGCCUGGUACACGAUGACAAGGGAGGAGUCUUCAUCUCACCCCUGGGAGGUGCCCAUCCUGAUUUGGUUCUUGGAACAAGAAGGGAAGGACCUAAACCAGGUGCUGUCCUAUAUCAAUGGAGCUUUGUCAAAAAAACCUCGAGUGUCCCUUGUCCACUCUAUCUCCACACGGAACGUGUCUCUGAGGCUGGAGGCCGUCCAGGAGGAAGACUCUGGAACCUACCGCUGCUCUGUCAAUGUACAGGACAGUGAAAGCACAGGCCUGGGUCACAGCACCAAAAGCCUAGAACUCAAAGUGCUGGUCCCUCCAGCUCCUCCAUCCUGUAGUUUCCAGGGUGUACCCUAUGUGGGGACCAAUGUGACCCUGAACUGCAAGUCCCCAAGGAGUAAGCCUACUGCGCAAUACCAAUGGGAGAAGCUGGCCCCAUCCCCCCAGGUCUUCUUUGGACCAGCCUUAGAUGCUGUCCGUGGAUCCUUAAAGCUCACCAACCUUUCCACUUCCAUGUCUGGAGUCUAUGUUUGCAAGGCUCAAAACAGAGUGGGCUUUGGCCAGUGCAACGUGACCCUGGAAGUGAUGACAGGAUCUAAGGCUGCUGUGGUCACUGGAGCAGUUGUGGGCACUCUGCUUGGGUUGGUGCUGCUGGCUGGACUGGUCUUGUUAUACCAACGCCGGAGCAAGACCCUGGAGGAGCUGGCCAAUGAUAUCAAGGAAGAUGCCGUUGCUCCCCGGACUUUGCCUUGGACCAAAGGCUCAGACACAAUCUCCAAAAAUGGGACGCUUUCCUCCGUCACCUCAGCACGGGCUCUCCGGCCACCCAAGGCUGCUCCUCCAAGACCUGGCACAUUUACUCCCACACCCAGUGUCUCUAGCCAAGCCCUGUCCUCACCAAGACUGCCCAGGACAGACGGGCCCCCACCUCAGGCUGUAUCUCUGAGCCCAGGUGGGGUUUCUUCUUCUGCUCUGAGCCGUAUGGGCGCUGUGCCUGUGAUGGUGCCUGCUCAGAGUCAGGCUGGGUCUCUCGUGUGACAGCCCAGGCACUCAUUGACUAAAUCUGGUGUCUCACCUUCCUGUAAAGGUCACCUGUGGUACAGAGGAAUGAAUCUUGGGGGGAUAGCCACACUCGAGACCUCCAGUCCUCUGCCCCUACCUCCUUUUAUUUUUGGAAAACUGGGCCUCAGUAGACUGAAGUCUGGGUCGAAGGAGAAACAAAGGAAGUGGACCUGAGAAGCGGGGGAGG